AUGAAGCUCAUCGUGGGCAUUGGAGGUGUGACCAAUGGUGGCAAGACAACGCUAACCAACAGCCUGCUCAAAGUGCUGCCCAACUGCUGUGUGAUCCACCAGGAUGACUUUUUCAAGGAACAAGCACUGAGCCAAAUUCGGGCUCCUCUGUUUCAGCCGCAAGACCAAAUAGCAGUUGGGGAAGACGGCUUUAAGCAGUGGGAUGUGCUAGAGUCGCUGGACAUGGAGGCUAUGCUGAACACCGUGCAGGCCUGGCUGAGCAACCCUCAGAAGUUCGCUCGUGCCCAUGGGGUCAGCGUCUGGCCUGAGGACACCCACAUCCUCCUGUUGGAUGGCUUCCUACUCUACAGCUACAAGCCCCUGGUGGACUUGUACAGCCGCCGGUACUUUCUGACCAUCCCCUAUGAAGAAUGCAAGUGGAGGAGAAGUACACGAAGCUACAAGGUCCCCGAUUCUCCCAACUUGUUUGACGGUCACGUGUGGCCCAUGUACCAGAAGUAUAGACGAGAGAUGGAAGUGGAUGAUGUGGAAGUGGUCUACCUGGAUGGCAUGAAGUCCCGAGAGGAGCUCUUUCAGCAGGUCCUGGAAGACAUUCAGAACUCGCUCCUGAAUGACUCCUAG